AUGGCUCCAUAUGCACUUACUCCCACAUCGGAGCGAGGUAGUCAACUCAAUAGCCUUGACACCACCAUCCCAUCCACUACCAAUGCUACUCAUCACAUCAACGGAACCAAUGGCCAUGCGAGCGAUCUUUCCAGUGGCAGCACCCCCACAUCUGCCGCCUCUCAUGAAGCUGCUUACAUACAUGGAUACAAAGAAGGCUAUACCAAGUCUCACAUUGAGCUGAAGCACCAGCCUAUUGCCAUCAUUGGCAUGUCAUGCCGUUUUCCAGGAAACGUGAGCACGCCCGAUGAGUUCUGGGAGCUGCUUGCUCGGUCGCGGACUGGCUUUUCGGAAAUCCCUUCUUCUCGCUUUUCCGGCAAACGCUUCUUUCAUCCUAACCCCGGAAAGAGUGGGACAACCAAUGCCAAAGGAGGAAACUUUCUUACCCAACCACUCGAGGUAUUUGACGCCCCGUUCUUUGGGUUCACCCAACAAGAAGCAAUUAGCUUGGAUCCUCAGCAGCGGCUUCUUUUAGAGUGCACGUUCGAAGCUCUCGAAAGUGCGGGUAUCCCAAAGCAGCAUGCUGUUGGAAAAGAUGUCGGGGUCUUUGUCGGCGGUACAUUCUCCGACUACGAUGCCGAUUUAUUCAGAGACGCAGAAACGAUCCCAAUGCAUCAAGCUACUGGAUGUCACAUGGCGAUGCAGGCAAAUCGAGUGUCGCAUUUUUUUGACUUCCGAGGUCCAAGCUUUACUUUGGAUACAGCAUGCUCUUCAAGCUUAGUUGCACUUCAUAACGCGUGUCAAAGUCUUCGACUGGGGGAAUCGACCAUGGCUGUUGCUGCUGGCGUUCAUCUCAACAUGCUACCCGAAUUCUGGAUCUCCAUGUCCAUGUCCAGGCUUUUUGGGGAAGCCGGUCGCUCAUUUGCUUUCGAUCAAAGAGGGACUGGCUACGGUCGCGGAGAAGGAUGUGGCAUGGUCCUUCUCAAGCCAAUGGAGCAGGCUAUCAAAGACAACGAUCCCAUUAGAGCGAUUAUAACUGGGUCAGGCAUAAACCAGGAUGGAAAAACACCUGGUAUCACAAUGCCCAACGGUUCUGCCCAGGAGUCUCUGAUAAGAUCUGUCUAUAAGCUGGGAGGAAUGGAUCCCCGAGAGACUGGAUAUGUGGAGGCACACGGUACGGGAACUCGUGUGGGCGAUCCUAUCGAAGUGUCCGCUCUGCACAGUGUCUUCGGAGAGGGUAGAAACAAGAGGAAACCCUUGUUUGUAGGUUCGGUCAAGUCUAACAUUGGUCACUUGGAAGCUGCUGCAGGCAUCGCUGGAGUCAUCAAGACUGCACUCAUGCUGGAACGCGGGUUCAUUCUCCCUAACUAUGACUUCAAAGUCCCGAACGAAAAACUUCCUUUGGACGAAUGGGGUUUCAAGGUCGCAACUAGACAGACACCUUGGCCAUUUGGUAAGAAGUGGGCUAGCAUCAACGGUUUCGGGUUCGGCGGUACCAAUUCUCAUGUUGUAAUGACCAGAGGGCCCCUCGAGCGGAAGACAAUGAGUGAGGAGAUUGACACAACCACCACCGAUAAACUCUUUCUUCUGUCUGCAAACGACAAAGCUAGUGCAGAGCGCACAAUGCAAAGUCUGGGUGUUUACCUGGAACAGAGACCGGAAGUCUUCCAGAACGACCUUCUCGGCAAUCUGGCGUACACUUUAGGCCAGCGUAAGACCAUACACCCAUGGCGACUUGCGAUAACAGCAUCAACCUCUGCCGAGUUGGUAGAAGCUAUGUCCAGCGGAAAGAUCUUCCCGGCCAAACAAGAUCUUGAACCACUUCGGUUUGGCUGGAUAUUCACUGGGCAAGGUGCGCAGUGGUGGGCGAUGGGACGAGAAUUGUAUCUACAAUAUCCUAUCUACGCCUCUGCGCUUGAGAAAGCCGAUGCGCAUUUACGAUCGAUUGGCGCGGAGUUCAGCUUACUGGAAGAGUUGCAGAAGGACGAAGCUACGACUCUAGUCAAUGCUGCACACAUCAGCCAACCUGCUUGUACUGCCGUGCAGUUGGCUCUAGUACAGUUAUUAAAGUCAUGGGAUUUGCAGCCAACAUCUGUUGCUGGGCAUUCCUCUGGCGAGAUUGGAGCCGCAUUCGCCGCCGGAAUCAUCACUUUCGAAGAUGCCAUGACUAUCGCCUACCAUCGCGGACGCCUUAUACCUAUCCUGAAGAAAAGGUACCCUAAUCUUGACGGGAGUAUGCUUGCUGUGGGCGCAGGUCCGGUUGAGAUUACCCCGUUGCUAGAUCAAAUUGAUCCAACUCUUGGAGAAGCACGCAUCGCAUGCAUCAACAGCCCUUCCAGUGUCACCAUCUCCGGAGACACCGCUGCAAUUUCGGACUUACAAUCGAUCAUAAAGCGGGUCAAUCCAGACAUGUUUGCGAGGAAGCUUCAGGUAGAUACUGCUUAUCACUCGCAUCACAUGAAUCUUGUCGCAAAGGACUACACUGAAUCGCUCCUCCAACUGGAUGUGCCCAAGUCCACAGAGGUCCAGUUUCAUUCUUCACUUAUGGGCCGACUAGCCACUAGCAACGAGCUGGAUGCUUCUUACUGGGUUCAAAAUCUGACUUGUGCUGUACGCUUCGACGAUGCUGUUCAGAGCAUGUGUGAAAUCACCGUGGACAACAAGGCAGAUGUCAACUUCCUUAUCGAACUAGGCCCCCACGCAGCCUUGCAAGGCCCUAUCAAGCAGAUCCUCAAGAGCAUUGGUGGAUCAGCAGUGAAGAUGGGAUAUUCUUCUGUUCUUGGGAGAAAGAAGAACGCGGUUCAGACUGCCCUCGCCCUGGCCGGAACACUGUUCGUGAAAGGCGCCAAUCUGAACAUGGGUGCUAUCAACUUUCCUAAGCCCCGGGAUAGAUUACCACAAGUGCUUACGGAUAUGCCACGUUACCCUUGGAAUCAUACCUCGAAGUUUUGGCAUGAGUCCAGGUUGACACAAAUUCACAAGCACCACGACGUUCUUCGGAAUGAUAUAAUCGGCGUGUUGGCGACAUAUUCCAGUGAUCUUGAACCUACGUGGAGAAACAUCGUGCGACUUGAUGAUUUGCCCUGGUUGCGUCACCAUCAAAUGCAGGGCGUGACCAUCUUCCCUAUCUCUGGGUUUGCUGCCAUGGCACUGGAAGCGAAAGCUCAAAUUCUGGAAGCCAAGAAUACGAAAUACGACGCGUUGCAAAUCGAAAACCUACAUGUUCCUCAUCCCAUAAUGCUCACCGAAGAAGAGUUGGAGAUGACCAUCACGCUUUGCGAGAAUCACGAGAAAUUACUACCACACAGCAGCCAUGAUUUUCGUAUCCGGUCUUGGUCAAAGAGUCAAGGCUGGAUGGAGCAUUGCACUGGAAUCGUGUCUUAUUUGAACGAGGUCGACGGUCAACGCUCGGAGAAAUUGCGAAAAUCUGCGUUCGCAGCUAGACUGGUCAAUAUCGACCGCGCUGCUACUCAAGCAGUCAAUAUAUCACAGCUUUAUGACCAAUUGUCUAGCAUCGGCGUUUCCUAUGGCCCGUCCUUCCAGGGCAUGCGAGAUGCGCAAGCGUCUCCUCAAGCUUCGCUCGCCAAAAUCGUCCGCGUCGACACCACCGCUGAUAUGCCACAUCACUACGAAACAAACUACAUUCUACACCCGACACUCUUAGAGUCACUUAUUUCAUUAUACUGGCCAGUAGUGAGUAAGGAUGGGGAGCUCGAUACAGUUCAUUUGCCAUCUUCAAUUGGAAAGAUCACCGUUUCAGCGAAACUUCUCCAAGUUUCAGCUGAGCCCGGAAGUAGCUUACAAGCACAUUGUCAACCAUCGUCCACAAUAUCGCAUGUUAGCUCUAACACACUUUCAAUGUUUGCGACAUCCUCUCUCGACUCGACCGAGCCCCUCAUCUCAGUGGAAGAUCUGAUCAUCUCUCCCAUUCUAGAAAAGGCAGUAGAUACAGAAGAGCUGUCCGCCCGUGAGCUUUGCUACAAGACAGAGUGGGAGCCCGCUUUCCAAGCUUCAGAUGAUAGCAUUGGAGAUAAAAACGCUCCACAGUUUGAUACUGAUGUUGUUGUCGUGCAUGGCGAGUCUGAAUCUCAGACCUCACUGGCGGCCACGAUCUCUGAGCAACUGCUACACCUUACUGGACGCCAACCUACGACCGGAACUCUUACCUCGAUCGCUGAUUCCGCAAAAGAAAAACAUUGCAUCUUUCUCAACGAACUUGACAGUCCGGUCCUUGCGAAUCUUGACCAGUCUGAAUUCCAAGCACUGCAAUCUCUCAUCACUUCCACACAGGGACUCUUAUGGGUCGUGCGUGGCGCAUACAUGAACGCGAACAAUCCGGACGCAAAUAUGGUAUCUGGUCUCAGUCGCACAAUCCGAUCAGAGGGAACUCUCAUGAAGUUUGUUACUUUGGAUCUCGAUGUCAACGACUCGGGAGAUGGUGUUUCUGAUGCGACAAAUAUUCUUCAGACCUUCACUGAGUCAUUCCAUAACGGGAGCGAGGUUGAAGAAACAGAGUUUACAGUUCGCGAUGGAAAGUUCUUGACUCCCCGUAUUGUCAACGACGAUACGAUGAAUGAGUACGUGAACAAGCACAUCCAUCCUCCCGCAUCAGAACCAUCACUCUUUACAAGUGCAACUCGUCCACUUUGUGGUACACUCAAUGUACCUGGGGUCCCCGAAAGUGUAGUCUUCAAAGAUGAUCAGAGUGGCGAGUCACCGCUUCCAGCCGAUCACGUCGCUUUCCAAGUAAAAGCUAUUGGACUUGAUGCAACCAAUGGCCAUACCCACUCCCGUGUUGGCCUUCAAUCCAGCGGAAUCGUGCAAUCCGUCGGCGCCAAUGUCUCCAACGUCAAGGUCGGGGAUCACGUUGCUGCUUUAAUGCCUCAAGGCUCUCUUUCCACGGUCGCAAGAGCUCACUCUAAGUUUCUGUUCAAACUUCCGGGUCAUAUCACGUUCGACGCCGCUGCGACGAUCCCGGAAGCUUACUGCACGGCAUCCUAUGCAUUGAUCGAAAAAGCUCGAUUGGUUGAGGGAGAACGCCUGCUUAUCCAUGACGCUGCAACCGCGGUGGGCCAGGCUGCUCUGGGACUAGCUCAAAUGAUCGGGGCUGAUAUAUGGGUCACUGUCAAGACUGCCUCAGAGAAAGAUUUGCUCAAGAGCGAACGUGGCAUAGACGAUGGGCAAAUCUGGUAUGCGAAAAGCGAGUCCUUCGCUGAUGGUAUCAUGAGCGAUACGGAUGGGAAUGGCGUGGAUGUCAUCUUUAACACGACUUCCGAUUCUCAGUUGAUGCGUGCAACAGGAAGAUGUCUUGCAGCGUUUGGGAGAUUCAUCAAUGUCGGUGCUCAGCCACUCGCCCUCGGUGACAUCCUGUCCAACCAAAAUGUAACAGCUCUGUCCGUGGAUCUCAACAGCCUCAUUCAACACCGGCCUCGGCAUUUGGAGCGUCUCAUAGCGGAUUUGCAACAACUACUUCGUUAUGGGAAAGUCCGACCGGCUUUCAACUUCAAGACAUACGGAGUCGCGGAAACUGCUGCAGCAAUUCAUGCUGCUCACACUUCUGUCGGCCAUUCACAAAUUGUGAUCGUGCCGCGCGAUGAUGAAACCGUUUUGGCACCUCGCAUCGAGCAGCAGAGACUUCUUCUUCGAAGCGAUGCGACGUAUGUUCUUAUCGGUGGCACGGGCGGCCUUGGUCGCAGUAUGGCCAAAUGGAUGCUAGGCAAAGGUGCUAAGCACAUUGUUCUCCUCUCGCGUAGCGGGGAGGUCAAAGGAAAAGCCAAAGAUCAGAUCGACGACAUGAACGCAUCUGGAGCAUCUAUAGUAGUCCGUCGCUGCAAUGUGGCGGACAAAGGCGAUGUUGAGCAUCUCCUUUCAACGGGUGUGGAAGGUCUACCGCCCGUCCGAGGAGUAAUUCAUGGCGCUAUGGUGCUUCACGACGUUCUUUUCGAGAAAAUGACUUUUGCGCAAUAUCACUCCGUUAUCGAGUCCAAAGUACAGGGAGCGAAGAACUUCCAUCAGACCCUUCUCGCUAAUUCUACCCCACUGGACUUUUUCAUCUGUAUCUCUUCAGCUGCCGGCGCUGUCGGGAAUCGCGGCCAAGCUGCUUAUGCGGCAGCUAACACCUUCCUCAACGGCUUUGUGCAGCAGCUUCGCAGUCAAGGUAUAUCAGCUACAUCAAUUGAUCUGACCGCUGUAUCAGAUACGGGGUAUCUUGCUGAAGAUGCCGAAAAGGCUGCCGAAGUCGCGAGGAAUCUCGGAGGGGAUACCAUUUGCGAGGCCGAAGUCCUAAGCCUGAUACAAGCAUCAAUUGAAAGAAACGUGGACACCUGCGGUGGUCAUCCCAUCACUGGAAUGCGCAUCACAGCCACUCAGCGUCCGUUCUGGUCCAACGACGCGAAGUUCAAACAUCUGCUCCGUGUUGCCGAGGCUGCUUCUGCUUCUUCUUUCUCUGCCGCGGUUAAGGUUUCCUGGGGUGCUGCCUUCAAAGCCUCUGCAUCCCGAGCAGAUGGAGAAACUGUUGUAUGCAGCGCGCUCGUUGAGAAAAUCGCAGAAGUCAUAUCAAUGGAGCAGGAGGAGCUGGACGUCACGCGACCGCUGGCGCAUUAUCCACUAGAUUCCUUGACGGCUAUCGAGGUGCGCAAUUUCAUCACGAGAAUUUUCGAAGCAAAUUUGCAGGUACUGGAAUUACUCGCAAGUGGAAGUAUCGAAAGUCUGGCAAAGAUUGUAUGUGGGAAGAGCAAAGGGAAGACGUGGGAAGAAUGAUGUUAUGUGAAGUGGUAGAUUUCUGUUUUUUGCGGGCUAUCAUUUCAAUGUUUCUCUGCUUUUUACCCUGUACAUGUUUGUCUUGAUUUUCUUCCCUUAGCCUUCUAUAAAUAUCUCAGCCAUGUAGGCAAAGGUCACCUCGUUAGUAUAAGUUAGCUAUCCUAGUCUGAUUAGUAGUUGCUAUAGAGCUUUCUAAUCUAUCUAAAGCCUAAUUUUACUUGUCCAUUGCUCUAUUUCCGAUACCGACCGUCGCAGGGUAUGGUGGAAGUUGGUAUUUGAGAAUCCCAUACAUAGGGCAACGCCUGAUAACCUUCGCUGUCAUCGAACUCGUAGUCGACAAGGUCAUAACAAAGCGGCGUGACGUACGCACUAUUGGGGCGCGGUUUCAGCAGGCGGAUGCUGUUUUGACUUCUGAUCGCGGUAUGAGAGUAUCUUUGGGCCUGCAAAGUGGAGUGCUCCAUGUCGGCUUUCGUAACGGGCCGGCUGGGCGACUUGUAGCGAUAGCCGUUAGUCAGUUUCGGAGCUGUAUACCAUUAUCGUCAGGCUGACUAGCCUCUUGAAGCCAACCUUGGAACAUCUGAAUGCAGACACGCCACGUGCGCUGAGUCUCUUAUAGCUCCAGCCCAGGCCGUUAAACCCACAACCUUAGCGUAGCUAAUCACACUUCCAAAAUUUCUACAAGCUCUCCGCCCGAAGCUCAAUCUAUUCCAAAACCUGUCACCGGCCACAACAGUGUCUGCCUUGGCUCAAUAGCACGUUCCAUUCAUCCUAUAGUACAUGUAGUAAAAUUCUCUCAUAUACGGAUCACGCAACAGUCAUGGCAGGCUUUGAAAAAAAAAAUUGUAUUCCAAUGAUAUAUCGUAUUCAGUGAUCUAUUCCAGUGCCAGUAAAAAUGAUAUAAAAUUUUCACAUCGCCUCCUCCAGAUUCGUAAACGAGUUAAUGCGGAUGCGUGUCUUUGCGACUGAAACAUAUCAAAGCCCAGUAAGCACUUUCCACCUCGUCUUCGGCAGAGCCUAAGCGUGCGGCUCUUUGAAAGUACAUCAGUCUUCCGCUUCUACGUUGUUAGCAUCGUAGUUUGCCUGAGCAGUCUCAAGAAUGGCACGCGCUUGGUCCCUUAAAUCCUCAGAUUCUCGGUGACGAUCUUGGGCCUGCUGCAAUUCGCUCGAUGCUGUCGCCACAUCACGUCCCUGGCGCCUAGCUCGCCGCAGUCUACGUUGAGCGAGUCGAACCCCAUUCCGGUGUCGAUCUGCGAUCGCGUUCAACUGCGCAAGUGAUCCGGUCAGUGCGGUAAUGAGCCCAUCCAUUUGGGGUCGGGCUACCCCAGAGGUGGUAUCUGGGGGCAUUUCGCGACAAUCGUUGCAGCUGUUGAAUAGCUCCGACCGACAGGAGGGGCACAAAUUCGAGUUAGCUUGCUCAGUCUUCAUGCACCACUCUCUAAUACACUUGAGGCCGAAUGUAUGACCACAAGCAAGGCGGACAGGCACAUGUGAGUCGAAUUCGUAAUCGCCUCCAC